AUGGAUAUAUUUUCUCUUGCUUCUAAUUUACAACAAAUUGCUAUAGGAGGAGUUAAUUACGUAAACAAUAAACUACUUAAGAAGUCUUUAAAUUAUGAAAUAAAUUAUAUUACUUAUAUUGUUAUAGGAGAAAAUGAAAAGACACCUUAUGAUAUGAAUAUGUUUUUUUUGCCAUUCGAAUUAAAUACAAAAUUAACAUUUAAAGAAUUUAAAAAAUAUUUUCCUUUUAAAGGAAAUAUUAUAUUUAGAUUUAAAGUUGCAUUAUGUGAUAUGAUUAAUUCAAUAAAUGAAGGGAUAAUAAAUAAUAGUCCAUUAUUAUUAAGAGAUAAAAAUACUGACCAUAAUAUCCCUCAUAAUAAUAAUAAUUAUAAUAUUAUAUCGGAUGAAAAUGAAAUAAAAAAUAUAUUAAAACAAGAUAAUUUAAAUUACGUUUGGCUAGAUAUAACUAACGAUGAAGCUUUUAUUCCAACUUUCAACGGAUUAGUAAUAGUAAAGGUUUUAUUUGUUAAUCAUGAAAAUUAUAAAGAGUAUAAUAAUAUAUAUUUUAAAAAUUAUAAUUAUUCACAUAAGACAUACGAUAUAAAUGAAUCACAUUUUUGUUCUUAUAUCCCUCUCAAAUAUGAAAACAAAAUAAAAAAGAAUAAUAGUACAGAUGAUAAUAUUUAUAAUGAUGAUAUAUUAAUACAUAAUCAACAAAAUCAUUGUGAAACUAUUAAAAGGUCAUAUGAUCAUGAUAAUUUAGUAAAUUUUAGUUAUACAAAUAGUUCUGAUGAAUUCGAGAGACUAAACAGUGAUAAAAAUUCAAAUCUGCAACAAAAUGAUAUACCUAAAAAUAUGAAUUAUUAUCAAAAUGAUAUGUAUACAACAUAUAAUAAAUAUCCAUCAAAUGAACCUAUAAAUGUAAAUAGUAAUAACAACAACAACAACAAUAAUAAUAAUAAUAAUAAUAACAAUUUAUACGACGAACAAAAUACAAAACAAGAGCAUAAUGAAAAAGAACAUAAUUAUCAAAAUAAAUAUAAUAAUUCAAAUAUAUAUAAUUAUCAUGAUAGUCAUGAUGUUUCAGAAAGAAGAAGUAAUAGUGAUAAUCUAAAUACAUCACAUGAUGAAAAUAAAAUAAUAAAUAAUGCACAAAGUAAUUAUAUACCAUCUACAUAUAUCUCAUCUUUAAAAUGUAAUGAUAUGGAUAUAAACAAUAAAUAUAUGUCGACAAAAGGAACAAACCAUAAUUCAAGGUCUAAUUUGUUAACAAGCCAAACAAAGAAUAUGCAAAAUGAUUAUAAUAAUAAAACACAAAUAUUUAAAGAAAACGAAAAUAUAACAAAUAAAAUUAAUAACAGAUUACAAGAAUUAAAAGAAUAUAGAGAUCAAGAACAAGCCAAAUUUAAAGAAAAAGUAGUCAUAAAUGAUGAAAUCAAGAAACAAAUAAAUAAGUGGUGUAAAAAUUCAGAUAAUACAUAUAAAGAUAUUAAAGUAUUAUUAACGACAUUAAAUGAAGUAUUAUGGAAAAAUGCUCAAUGGAAAAAUGUAUAUAUGGCUGAUUUAAUAUCAAAUCCAAAAAUGGUUAAAAUUGCUUAUAAAAAUGCAAUAUUAUUAUGUCACCCUGAUAAAAACAGAAAUACAACCGUCGAGCAAGAGUUAAGAGCAGAAAUGAUUUUCCAAGCCUUAAAUAACUCUUAUAAGGAUAAAAGAAAUUUAUAA